AUUAACGAAUUUGUUGGUUCAAUGGCUAGAUAUACUUUUGCUUUAAAAGUUUACAUUCUUCAAAAAGAAAAAACGAUCCAUCUUGAUUAUUUAAACGAUGAAUUUAAAGUUAUUAAUAUAGAUACUUUAAAAGAAAAUGAUAAUUUUGCUUGGGGUAAUGAAGCUUAUCAUAUUCUUGAAAAAGAAGAAAAAUAUGAAUUAUCUUAUAAAAAUCAAGUUAUUUGUUGUAUUGAAGAAGAAAAAUUAAUGAUUGAAAAAGAAUUUGGAAAAUUUAUGUUAAAAUUAGUUGAUUUUGAUAAUUCUUUUAAACUCUUAGAAAUUGUUAAAGUUGAAAAUGGAAAAAAAGAGUAUCUUGAUUUUUCUAAUGAAAAUUUAAAGAUUGCGGAUUUAAAAACUAGUAAAGAUAAUGAUGAGUGGCGUUUAUAUGAAAUUGAUGAUAAAAAGUUAUAUUAUCAUGCGGUUUAUAAAUUAGAGAAUGAAACAAAAGUUUUAAUUGAUCAUCUUGAUGAAAAAUUUAAAAUUAAUAAUUUAAACACAAAUGAUUUGGCAUUAAAUCUUUUUCUUUUAAAGACAGAACAAUACAAGGUUAUUUAUAACAAUCAAAUUAUUUGUAAUCUUGACAGUGGACAUGUAAUGGUGGAAAAGGAAGGUGUUCAAUAUUUGUUUGAUAUUGUCAAACUUGAUGAUUAUUUUAUUUAUUUUACAAUUAUUAAAAGGGAAAAUG